CAUACUUUCACACAGAAUCAUUCCCCGGUCCAAGUCAUAGGUACAGGCCAGCACAAACACUUAGAGGCUCCCUGUUAUACUGACUGAUAUCUUAUUUACUUCAUCAUGUCAGACCAACUGAAGCUGUACCUCUUCGGAGACCAGACCUACGACAUACAGCCCCAUCUCAAAGAUCUCCUCCGCCACAGACACAACCCUGUUCUAGAAGACUUCCUCGUCAAGUCCUACGAUGCCAUCCGGACAGAGAUCUUCAAGCUCCCAGGCCAGGUCCGAGAUGAUCUUCCCCGGUUCACAUGCCUGGAUGACCUCGUUCUGUGGAAGCAAGGCGGGAAGCGAUGUGUGCCCCUAGAUAUGGCGGUUACCUGUAUGUAUCAGCUCGGGUUCUUCAUCAGCCAAGCGGACCCUUGGUACCCCCAUGCGGACAAUGCCCGCAUUCUCGGUCUCUGCACAGGGGCCUUAGCCGCCGCGGCUAUUAGUUGCAGUUGCAGCACGCUUGACCUCGUCCCAAAGGCUGUUCAGGCCGUAAUUGUUGCCUUUAGAAUAGGCAUGCAUGUGACUGAUCUUGGGAAGCGAUUGGAGCCCUCGCAGGAUUCGGAACAGUUCUGGUCCAUCAUCGUGCCUGGAACGGCGUCAUCCGCGGCGGUGCACAAGUUUUGCGAAGAGACGAAACUACCCCUGACCAGCAGGCCCUACAUCAGCGCCUAUGCGCCCAACGGAAUUACCGUGAGCGGCCCGCCAAGCGCGCUGGCACAGCUGAGCAGCUCGGCAAUCUUCAAGGACUUCAGAUUCAAGAGCAUUCCCAUAUAUGCCCCAUACCAUGCUCCGCAUCUUUCUUCGCAGAAUGAUGUCGAAGAGAUUGUUAAUGGGCUGCUGAGCCCUGACAGCAGGGCGGCCAUACGUCCCAACCAAAUACCCGUCCUGUCGAGCACUGGGAUCACAGUCGAAGGCGGGAAUUUUGAGAAGCGGCUAAAGGAUGCAGUGACACAAGUACUGCUGGAACCGAUUCGCUGGAAUGCCGUUCUGGACGAACUGCAGACAUGCAUCCGGAAAGUGGGCCCCAAGACAUUCAGCGUCGUUCCCAUCGGAACCACUGCCGAGCAACUCAUCUACACGGCGCUCAAGCAAACCUCCCUGCGCUCCUUACUCCCAUCCAGACCGGCAAAGAGCAUACCUUCUGCUGCACCGGAAGAUCUGACCAGCUCCAACCCCAAGAAACCCAAGCUGGCCAUCAUCGGCAUGUCCGGGCGGUUCCCGGGGGCCAAGGACAACGAGGCAUUCUGGGACCUCCUCUACCAAGGCCUCGACGUGCACAAGCCUGUCCCGGCAUUGCACUGGGACGCCAAAACGCACGUGGAUCCCACAGGCGCCACCAAAAACUCGAGCACGACCCCUUUUGGGUGCUGGCUUGACGACCCGGCGGUGUUCGAUGCACGCUUUUUCAACAUAUCGCCCCGAGAAGCGCCGCAGAUAGACCCCGCGCAGCGGCUGGCCUUGAUGACGGCCUACGAAGCUAUUGAGCAGGCUGGCAUUGUCCCCGAUGCUACCCCUUCGACUAGACGAGAUCGCGUGGGCGUCUUUUAUGGUGUCACUAGCAAUGACUGGAUGGAGACCAACUCCGCCCAGAAUAUCGACACUUACUUCAUACCCGGUGGAAAUCGGGCUUUCAUACCCGGGCGCAUCAACUACUGCUUUAAGUUCAGUGGUCCAAGUUAUGCAGUCGAUACGGCGUGUUCUUCUAGUCUGGCGGGUAUCCACCUGGCUUGCAAUUCGCUGUGGCGAGGGGACAUCGACACGGCUAUUGCUGGUGGCACCAACGUCCUGACGAACCCUGAUUUCACGGCUGGGCUCGACCGAGGUCACUUCCUCUCGCGGACUGGAAACUGCAAGACCUUUGAUGAUGCGGCUGAUGGUUACUGUCGUGGCGAAGGCAUCGGGACGGUCAUCAUCAAACGUCUCGAAGACGCCAUUGCCGACAACGACCCGAUUCAGGGGGUCAUCCUGGGCGCGUACACCAAUCACUCGGCCGAGUCCGAGUCUAUCACCCGCCCGCAUGUAGGUGCUCAACGUGCCAUCUUCAGCAAGAUUCUGAACCAGGGUGCUGUGGACCCUUACACGGUCAGCUACGUCGAGAUGCACGGGACUGGCACCCAAGCCGGCGAUGGAGGGGAGAUGUCCAGUGUUCUUGACACUUUUGCGCCGCCGCUUGAGGUAGUCAAGAAGGGCAGAACUAGUGAUGAAGCGCUGUACCUGGGGUCGGCCAAGGCUAAUAUCGGACAUGGAGAGGCGGCGUCGGGUGUCUCGAGUUUGAUUAAGGUACUGCUUAUGAUGCAGAAGAACACCAUUGUUCCGCACUGCGGUAUCAAGACCAAGAUCAACCAUCGGUUCCCGACUGACCUCGACCAACGCAAUGUCAAGAUCGCUUUGAAGCCGACGGCUUGGGACAGGAGCUCCGACCCUGCGAAGCCCAGGCGGGUCUUCGUCAACAACUUUAGUGCCGCUGGCGGAAACUCGGCGCUGUUGAUCGAAGAUGCGCCCAUCAUCAAGCGGGAAUUCUCCAGCGAAGAACAAGACCCACGAAACCCCCACGUCGUCGCAGUAUCGGCCAAGAACGGCGCCUCUCUCCAGGGCAACCUGAGAUCCAUGCUCGAGUUCCUGAAGCAGAACCCGGAAGUUUCAAUGGGUCAACUCUCCUACACCACCACAGCCCGUCGCCAACACCACCAGCACCGCGUUAUGCUCACCGGCUCGCGCCCUGAAGAAAUCUGCACCCAGAUCGAGGCUGCACUGCGAGACCAGACGGGCAUGAAGAGACCCAAGAGCGCCCCAAAGGUAGUCUUCACCUUCACGGGCCAAGGCGCACAGUACCCCGGGAUGGGCAAGCAGCUCUUCGAGAGCUUCUCCCUCUUCCGCAACGAGAUGCGCCGUCUGGACCAGAUUGGCCAGAGUCUGGGCUUCCCGUCCAUUCUUACCGUCAUCACUUCAGAUGAACAAGACGUCGGCGUCUUUUCGCCUACGGCUGUCCAGCUCGCGAGUGUGUGCCUGCAGAUUGCGCUGAGCAGACUCUGGGCAUCGUGGAAUAUCCUUCCUACUGCGGUCGUCGGACAUAGUUUGGGCGAGUAUGCGGCUCUUAAUGUCGCUGGAGUCCUUUGCGAUGCGGAUACUGUCUACCUUGUCGGAAAACGGGCCGAGCUUCUCCAAGAGAAGUGCACAAAGGAUACGCACUCGAUGCUCGUGGUCAAGGGAGCGGUAGACGCCAUUUCCAAGGUUCUCAAGGAGCAUAAGCACGAAAUUGCUUGCAUCAACUCGCCCGUAGAGACUGUCUUGGCUGGCCCCAGCAGCAGUAUCUCCAUAUUCCAGGGACUACUCACCAAUGCGGGGAUGAAGUCCACUCUGCUCAAGGUCCCCUAUGCCUUCCACUCUUCGCAAGUCGACCCCAUCCUGGCCGAUUUCGAGAAACUCGCAGCGGGUAUAACUUACUCCCAGCCUCAAAUCCCCAUCAUGUGCCCCCUGGACGGCAGCAUCGUCAACAGCGAUGACAAGACCAAUUUCGGCCCCUCAUACCUCGCCCGCCACUGCCGCGAACCCGUCAACAUGCUGCAAGCCCUCGAGACAGCACACACCCACGGCCUCCUGUCCGAACAAACAGCCAUGCUCGAGAUUGGUCCGCACCCGGCCAUCUCAGGCAUGGUGAAGGCUGUCUUAGGGUCCCAAGUCGCAUCCCUUUCCUCGCUGCAGCGCGGCCGCUCAACCUGGCAGAUCCUGGCAACAAGCCUGAAGACGCUGUAUGCCAACGGCGCCAACAUUCGUUGGUCGGGCUACCACGCCGACUUCAAGGCCUCGCACAAGGUCCUCGCGCUGCCGGCGUACAACUGGGAUCUCAAGGAAUACUGGAUCCAAUACGUGAACGACUGGUCUUUGCGGAAGGGCGACCCUCCCUUGAUCAUUAACAACAGCAAGUCGACCAAACUCGAGAGCACGACGAUCCACCGCGUCGUUGAGGAAACAGCCGACUCGGACAAGAUCCACAUGGUCGUCGAAGCGGACAUAGCGCGCAAGGAUCUGAGUCCUCUGGUCCAGGGACACGAAGUCGAUGGGAUCCCGCUGUGCACGCCGUCCGUGUAUGCGGAUAUUGCGCUGACGCUCGGUACGUAUUUCUUGGAGCGCCAUCGCCCAGGUAAGAAGGAGAGGCUGGUGGAUGUGGCGGAUAUGACGAUUUCGAAGGCGUUGAUUUUGCAGCCCCGGGAGGGACCGCAGAUGUUGCAGGCGCAUGCAGAUGUGGAUUGGGCUAAGAAUGAGGCGAGGGUUAAGUUCAUGUCGUUUGAUAGUAAACAAAAACUUCAAGAACACGCCCGCUGCGUAGUCCGCUUCCAAGACGGCAGCCUACAGAAAACGCUCCAAAAGCAGGCCGCCUCCAUCAAACAAAAGAUGCAAACCCUCCGCGAUGGCAUCGCCCAAGGCGUCACGGCGCGCUUCAACCGGCCACAAGCCUACCGCGCCAUCCGGCCCCUCGCCCGCUUCCACGACGACUACCGCGCCAUCGACGAGAUAGUUCUCAACAGCGGGACCUUCGAGGCGUCUUCCCGCCUCAGCUACGGGAGCGUGAAGCGUGGCGGGGAUUUCCACACCAAUCCGGCGAUCAUUGACUCGUUGACGCAGAGUUGCGGGUUCACGAUGAAUUGCAACGAUGCGACCGAUUUGGAUAAUCAGGUUUAUAUGAAUCAUGGGUGGGGCUCGUUCCAGAUGUUUGAGCCGAUUGAUUUUGAUAAGGAAUAUACCACAUAUACGAAGAUGGAGGAGGGGGCUGAUAAGUUGUGGCAUGGCGACGUGGCUAUUUUUGAUGGGGAUAGGGUUGUGGCUAGUCUUGGGCAGAUUGCGAUCCAAGGAGUUCCCCGCCGAGUCCUCAAGGUCAUCCUGUCCCUCGAAAGCGGGCAGAAGAGCCAGGCUGCGCAGAAGAGGCAGCAGGCUAUUCCAGCGGCUCCCGCGGCAUCCACAGCUUCGUACAACAGUACGCCUAAAGCUGUUUUGCCAGUGAUUAUAGAGCCACAAGCGCCCAAGACGACCCAGGCUUUGGCCAUCAUCGCCGAGGAAAGCGGUCUCGCUGUGGAGGACCUGACGGACGGCACCGUCUUUGGUGACGUCGGCGUUGACUCUCUCCUCGGUCUGACCAUCUCGGCUCGGUUCAAGGAGGAGAUUGAUGUGGAUCUCGACUUCAACUCGCUUUUCUACGAGUACCCCACUGUUGGCGACCUCAAGACACUGCUGGGAGAGUCGGGGCCUAGCACUGGGACCACGACGCCGGGUACUAGUGCCACUGCGAGCGCCGCGGCGACGGGGGCGACCACUCCUGUCACUGAUGAGGACUCUCUUGCCCCCAAGGGAUUCGACUUCCAGCGCGCUCUUGAAAUCGUUUCGGAAGAGAGUGGUGUCGCGAUGGAAGAUCUUACUGAUGACACCAACUUCGCCGACUCGGGGGUGGAUUCUCUUCUAUCCCUUGUAGUCGUCAGUCGAUUCCGUGAUGAGCUGAACCUUGACAUUCAGCACGAGUCCCUCUUCCUCGAGUGUCCCACCGUGGCCGAUCUGAAGCAGUUGCUCCUAGGAGACACUGCAACCAAGAGCGGGGCCGGUUACGCCCGAUCGCUGGCUGACGAGACCGAGUCACUUCCACCAAUGACGGCUCUUGCUCCCGUGUCGGAGGUCCUCAAGAGCACCUCACAACUGAGCGAUACUGAGAAAGCUGCCCUGGAAUCACGCAAAAAGGCCGUCGAGGAGUUAGUAGCCAAAUACACCUCAGGCUUCUCUGUUCCCUCCCCUACCGGCGCUCUCCCCGCCGCAAACCCCAACGAGAAGGUCGUGCUCGUCACCGGCGCCUCCGGAUCACUAGGCGGGAACCUGGUGUACCAUCUCGCCGCCCUCCCAGACAUCAAGACCAUUGUCUGUCUGAACCGCGAGAACAAAGCAGAGCCUUACAUCCGCCAGCAAAAGGCCAUGCGAGAAAAGGGGAUCCGGUUCCCCGAAGCCCUUAAGCACAAGUUGCUCGUCUACCAAACCGACACGGCUAAACCCCUUUUCGGUCUCACCAACAACGAGUACGAAGGCUUGGUUAACUCCGUCACGCACCUAAUCCACAACGCCUGGCCCAUGAGCGCCAAGCGCCCCCUCUCGGGCUUCGAGUCCCAAUUCCAGGUAAUGCGGAACCUUCUCGACCUAUCGCGGGACGGCUCCACUCGACGGCCACAGGGAUUCAAAUUCAGUUUCCAAAUGGUAUCCUCCAUCGGCGUAGUGGGGCACUACGGGCUCUACUCCAACACCGACACCUCCAAAGUCCACGAUGAAUACAACCCGUCCAAGCCCAAAACCCUUGUUCCCGAAGCCCGCACAACCAUCGACUCGGUCCUGCCCAACGGCUACGGCGAUGCCAAAUGGGGCUGCGAGCUCAUGCUUGACGCCACGCUGCACCAGAACCCGACGCGGUUCCGCACCAUGGCCGUGCGGUUGGGCCAGAUUGCCGGCAGCAAGACGAGCGGAUAUUGGAACCCGAUGGAGCACUUUGGGUUCCUGGUCAAAUCCUCUCAAACGCUCAAUGCGCUUCCCGACCUCGAGGGGGGCCUGUACUGGACGUCCGUUAACGACAUCGCGGCCGCUCUGUCGGACCUCGUGUUGAUGGAUAAGGAGCCGUACCCGGUUUAUCAUAUUGAGAACCCCGUCGGACAGCCCUGGAGAGAGAUGACAGGGGUCUUGGCUGAUGCGCUGGGGAUCAAUAGAAAGAACGUGGUGCCGUUUGGGGAGUGGUUGGAGAAAGUAAGGCAUGCGCCUCAGAGGGGCAAUCCCGCGGCCACCUUGUUGGAUUUCUUGGAUGACAACUUCUUGAGAAUGUCAUGUGGAGGGUUGGUGUUGGAUGUGAAGAGGACUCUUGAACAUUCUGAGAGUUUGAGGAAGGUUGGGCCGGUGAGUGAGGAGGUCGCCAGGAAGUAUGUGCACAUUUGGAAGGAAAUUGGAUUCUUGAACUGAGGAGCAGAGGGUGGUGAUGGGACUUGAAGCUACUUCCACUCGUUGAAAUCUACGAGUUUGCGUUGGGUUGAGGUUAUUUGAGAAUAAGGGUUUUCAAGACACUUUGUAAGAUGACUUUUCCUUGAGUAGUCAUUUCGUUUACUGGGUCAGUGGUUAUCUGGUUUGUUUAUACACAUGGUUUGUUAUGGUCUGCAAAAGGAAGGCACACACAGGCAAGAUAGAUUUAAAUUCUUCAAUACGCUAUCAAUUUAUUUUUUUUCAUUUUGAAAGGUCUCAAUAACGG